AUGGGCCAUCGUCCCAACAGCACGAUAAUCCAGCAGUACUACGACUUUGGGAAUUUCGAGGCCGACGUCGUGGGAGGGAUUCUGGGGGAGGGGGAAGGCGGGGCGGAUGAGAUUAUCCCGCUGACGGCUCUUGCGCGGCCCAACAAUGAAUCGACCUAUACUGUCAAGGAUGCUCUGCGUGAUAGCCCUCGCUUCCGCAACAUGCAAGAGAAGUGGUCUUUCCUGAGGGAUUGUCUGGCGAGUGGGUCGGGGGAGUGGACCAAGGUAGAGCCUUUCAAGUCCGAUCCUGGCGCCGCCAUCCAAACAAGCGGGCAUAUCGGCAUGCUCCCGGCCAUCAUCGCUGCCUACAAAUCCCAGAUGCGCGCCUUCGUUGUCUUGCAGGGUUAA